GGAGCAGAGUAGCAGGAGGUUGGGAACCAGAGGCCUCCGGGGUCCCUGCUGAAGCUGGUCGCUCUCCCCAGACCCCACCAGGCCAGCGAUCGACAUGCAAGAGGCGGCCCUGAGGCUGCUCGUCCUCCUGGCAGGCCUGCCUGCCUUGGACGCCAACGACCCAGAAGAUAAAAACAGUCCUUUCUACUAUGACUGGUACGGCCUCCGGGUUGGCGGGCUCAUCUUCGCAGGGAUUCUGUGUGCCAUGGGCAUCAUUGUCCUCAUGAGUGGGAAAUGCAAAUGCAAGUUCCGACAGAAGCCCAGCCACCGUUCAGGAGAUGCCCCACCUCUCAUCACUCCAGGCUCCGCCCAAAACUGUUGAGAAUGGAUCAGCAGAAAGAGCUCCAAGGACCACUCUUUCCCCAAGUCCUGGCUCUGCAAGGGAGCCUGAACUCCCAGAUGGAAUUCUCCACUCCCUCCUCAAACCACCUGGCCAGGG